CUGCAAUUAACACUUUUCUUCUUACACAAAGUUCAGAAGCAAAAUUCAUCAAAUACCAUGCCUGGUGCGAGAAUUAGAAUCCCAUUUAAUCAACGAAACUUGAUGUCUAACAUUAAUCAGUUCGAGUUUCUUGAUGAGCCGGCGGCGAGUUUAUCCGAUAUGGUUUUCGGGUUUCUCGAGGAUGGUGACUGGUCGUCGGGGAGCUCUGGUAGUGAAGGGUGUCAUGAGAAUGAAAUGCUGGAGUUAGAAGAUGAAGGGGAAGAGAAUAAUGGAAAUGUUGAAGAGGACAAGAGUUUUUGGGAGAACCAACAUCAGCUUCUACAUGCUACCUUGUUCAGGACCAGCUCCUUGGAGUCAAGGAUUAGAAGUAUCAGCAAAGAAGCGUUGAAGGAAAUACAAAUGGCUGGAACCAUCUGUGGUUGUGGUAGACCAAUGGCCGCCUCCUGCCGGAGUUGCUUGAUGGCAGAAGUCUCUAGCCGUCUUCGGAAUGCCGGUUAUAACAGUGCUAUCUGCAAGACUAAAUGGAGAAGCUCUCCAGGAAUCCCGUCAGGAGAGCACACCUUCAUGGAUGUAAUAGACAAUUCAAGUUCUAAAAGAGGAGAGGUGAGGGUUAUAAUUGAAUUGAAUUUUCGGGCCGAGUUUGAGAUGGCUAAAGCAAGCGAAGAAUACAAUCAGCUCGUCCACAGAUUACCAGAAGUGUUCGUCGGGAAAGUUGAAAGAUUAAACUCUGUAGUGAAGAUCUUAUGCUUGGCUGCAAAGAAGUGCAUGAAAGAGAAGAAAAUGCACUUGGGGCCAUGGAGAAAGCAAAGGUACAUGCAAGCAAAAUGGCUACGGACAACAUGUGAAAGGUCAACAUCCAUGCCUCCCUUCUCGAUGGGAUCUUCGGGCCGAUUGCCAAGACCAAAGGCGUCCAUGCUCACAGUGGAUUUGAAAGAGAUGUUGCCUGAUGUACAUUGCACCGCAGUUGCGGUUGUGUGAUAAGAACAUCAGAUUUUGUUCUUACUCACCUGCUUGCUACCUUGAUAGAGAUGGGAUUAUAUGAAAGUUUGGGUGAGAGUAUCAGCACAUACAGAAGAAUCAUGUAAAUUCAUCCACUUAGUUUUGUGAUGUUUGAUCAAACAAGAAACUAUAAAUUCCUUUGACAAUUUUAUACAUUAAUAUCACUGGAAACAUCUCGUUUUCCGAUUCCGGUA